GGAGACUUGCAGCCCGCCUGUAUACAUGUGUGCUCAUCCGAGAAUGCUGCUGAGCCCUGAGUGAUCACACGUGCAGAGCACAGCGUUCAAGGCGAUCCGGCGAUCAGUCAGCGGAAUCCCCUUUUCUACGCCCGCCCCUUUUGUCUCUCUGCUGCUGCUGGCGGGUAUUGCGGGUUGCGUGCGAGGAAACAAUGGGUGAGCACUCGGGGGUCACCUGCGACUCUUGCAAGACGGCGGACUUUAAAGGUCUGCGGUUCAAGUGUCUCAAGUGUUUCGACUUUGAUCUGUGCCAAACAUGCGCCACGCAACCCGGGGUCCCAUCAGCGCAGGGACGAGGAGCUGCUGCAGGGGUCGCUCAUCGUCUUCACGCUGCGGAUCAUCCCCUGCAGCACGAGAAAGGUGCAAAAUUCGUCCUCAGGGAAAUCUCUUCGAGAUUUCCGACGGAAUCCCGACAAGUUCGCCAACUCUUGCACAAUCCCAUCUACGGAUCCGUGUGGCAGACAGGUUCAAUCCCGGCUUUCUUGUCCCGGUCAAUAUCUGCGGCUGUCGUUUCUCUUAUUCCGACCAUUCUCCGAUUCGAAGUCGGAAACUUGCUCAUUCAUCAACUCCGUCCUUUUGGAGAGAAAUUUCAGGGGAAAACGAAGAGAUUUAGCAUUAUGGUGCCGACGGAGUACUCGAAGUUCUACGGAGGUGAGGAAUUCGACGCGAAUCGUCCUCUGUCACUGACGUGUGCCUACUGCAACGGACUUGGAUUCGACAUCUACGAACUCAACAGGCAUUUGAAGGAAGAGCAUAGCAAACCGCCCCAGGGUUCAAGGGUUUUGUGCCCCAUUUGUUGUGCCAGCAACUUGACGCCAGAUCCGAAUUUAUUCUACUCAAAUUUGGCGAAUCAUUUCCGGUCGACACACGAGAAUGACGCGAUGCGACAGCGUCGAGCUGAACUCAUCCACAUGCACGACGUUCGUCAGCGGAGCCAAAAUGAAAUGCGUCGGGGCCCAUCGACGACGGCUGCUGCUGCUAGUCGACCUGGCCCAGGUCAGAACGUCAUCGUCGACCCAGUUUCUGCCUCCGUGCAGAUGCCGCCUCUGCUGAUGACCCCUGCCAACGACUCGGGGACGGACGAGUUGGCUGACCCAGUCUUAAUCCCGGCCAGACAAAUGCUGGACAGCCACAGCAGCAGCCUGAGCAGCUCCAACAACAGCAUGAGCAUCAAUCCCUUCGUCGGAACGAGACGAGGGUUGCAGUUUCUUCACGACAGAUUACGCGUGGCAACCCCGAUGGGCGGGCUUCCGGGUACGUCCUCAUCGCCCCGAGGUGUAUCACGUCCUGGCACCGGUAAUAAUAACAAUACCCAGCAAGGACAUCGUCGGCCGAUUUUUGGACCAGUCAGUUUCCGGUCACAGCGUCUGCCGAAUUCAUCGUCCCGUCAUCACCUACCGACCAUGAACAUUGCCAGAAUGAACCUGAUGGAAACGACAACGGGUCAAAGGUCACGCCGAAACGCUGGAGGACUGCAAUGCAUAGCGGAAGUGCCAGAAUCGGUAGAAGUUCCCGCAGGACAAGGAACAGGAACUGAUCCGGUUUGGAACAACAUUGCUGGUGGGGGAUUCUUGGGAUCUAGUGUAUUAUUGGACGAAGCCAUGUCUGUUGCUGGUGCCAGUUACCCGCAGCCGCGAAUGGGAAGCUUGGCGUCUUUCAUUGCUGAAUUGGAUACGGCGGCGUUA